GUAACCCAGUGUUUAUGGGUCACAGCACGGCAGCAGCCCGACAGUGUUUAAUCAGGAAUAAAGAUACUGCUGUGCAAGGCUGGGCCAAUGACUCUACCUACACAGGCUCCAUUCUGGUGGCGGUGAAUCCGUACCAGCUGCUGCCCAUCUACACCAUCGAGCAUGUGCACAUGUACACGGACCGGCGGCUGGGGGAACUGCAGCCGCACGUCUUCGCCAUCGCAGACAGCUGCUUCUUCAACAUGCGCCGACACCGGAAGAACCAGUGCUGCGUCAUCAGUGGAGAGUCGGGAGCUGGGAAAACUGAGAGCACCAAGCUGAUGCUGCAGUUUCUGGCUGCAGUGAGUGGUCAGCGCUCCUGGAUUGAGCAGCAGGUCCUUGAAGCAAACCCCAUCUUAGAGGCCUUCGGUAACGCCAAAACCAUUCGGAAUGACAACUCCAGUCGAUUCGGGAAGUACAUCGACAUCAACUUCAACAAGGGCGGGGCCAUUGAAGGGGCCCGCAUCGAGCAGUACCUGCUGGAGAAGUCCAGAGUGUGUCGUCAGGCGCCAGAGGAACGAAACUACCACAUCUUCUACUACAUGCUCAUGGGCAUGUCGGCAGAGAAGAAGAAGAUUCUUUCACUUGGAAGUGCUGCUGAGUACAAGUAUCUGACCAUGGGUAACUGCACCAGCUGUGAAGGGCGCGAUGAUGUGAAGGAGUACGCUCACUUUGAAUCAGCUCUGAAGAUCCUCACAUUCACAGAGAACGACUUCUGGGAAAUCUCCAAGCUGCUCGCCGCCAUCCUUCACCUGGGCAACGUGGACUUUGAGGCCACCAUCAUAAAUAACCUGGAGGGCUGCGACGUCCUCGCCUCAACCCAUUUCAAAAUGGCGAGCGAGCUCUUGGAGGUGGAUCCCAAAGCUCUGGGGAAGUGUCUGACUCAGCGCUCCUUCCAGACCGCCAGAGAGAGCGUGACCAAAUCUCUGACCUCUGCUCAGGCUGUGGAUGGCAGGGACGCCUUUGUCAAAGCUAUAUAUGGACGACUUUUCAUUUGGGUCGUGGACAAAAUAAACAGCGCCAUCUACAGGCCGCCCGAGGGGGAGAACGACGUCCGACAGUCCAUCGGCCUUCUGGACAUCUUUGGUUUUGAGAACUUCAGCAAAAACAGCUUUGAGCAGCUGUGCAUCAACUAUGCCAACGAGCAGCUGCAGCAGUUCUUCGUCAAGCACGUCUUCAAGCUGGAGCAGGAAGAGUACGCCCGUGAAAACAUCGUUUGGAAGCACAUUGACUAUCAAGACAACCAGAGGACCCUGGACGUGCUGGCCAGCAAACCAAUGAACUUGCUGGCGCUUAUUGACGAGGAGAGCAAUUUCCCCCAGGGCACAGAUGCCACCCUGCUCCAAAAGAUGAACGUGGUUCAUAAGAAAAGCAGCAUCUACAUUCCCCCAAAGAACAUCUAUGAGACACAGUUUGGAAUCCAGCACUUUGCUGGGCAGGUCUUCUAUGACUCACAAGGUUUCCUUGAAAAAAACCGUGAUACGCUGAGCUCAGAUCUCAUUCAGCUGGUGGAGAAAUCCACCAGCAAACUCCUCAAACAGGUGUUUCAUCAUGAGCUGACUGCCACUUCCGGUACCAUCAAGAGCUCCAACCCCAGGAUGAUCAUAACCACAGCCAAAGGCAACCCCCGGCCAGCGGCUGACAGCAAGAAGCGCAUGCCAACUCUGAGCGGCCAGUUCCGCCAGUCCCUGGAUUCCCUGAUGAAAACGCUGACUGCGUGCCAGCCGUAUUUCAUCCGCUGCAUUAAACCCAACGACUUCAAGAAGCCCAUGCUGUUUGACAGAGAGCUGUGCAUGCGGCAGCUCCGUUACUCCGGUAUGAUGGAGACCAUCAGGAUCCGGAAAGCUGGGUAUCCUGUGCGCUACACGUUCGAUGAGUUUCUGACUCGAUACCGCGUCCUCCUGAAGACUUCCCUCUGUGACCCACAAACUGAGAGCAAAGAGAGAUGCUGUGAAAGCAUCUGUGAAAACGUGCUUACCGGAGAAGGUGACUGGAAGACCGGAAAGACGAAGAUAUUCCUCAAGGAUUUUCAUGACACAAUGCUUGAAAUAGAGCGAAUGAAAGAACUAAAUGUGAAAGCACUGUUGAUCCAGAAAGUCCUGAGGGGCUACAAAUACAGGAGAGAAUUCCUGAGGAAAAGGUCAGCCGCGGUCGUCAUUCAGAAACACUGGAGGGGACACAAAGGCAGGAAGCUGUAUAGAGUGGUGCAGCUGGGCUUUGCCAGGCUGCAGGCACAGGUUCGCUCUCGCCAGCUGCACUUCCAGUAUAAAAAGAAGAGACAGGCGGCCCUCGUGCUGCAGACCCAUGUCCGAGGAUACGUGGCCAGGAAGGAAUGGAAGCGCAAGAGAAAGGCAGUAAUCCUGCUGCAGGCACACACCAGGGGCAUCCUGGCACGAAAAGCUCUCGAAAAGAUGAAGAGAGACAUGUACCUCUCUGCUAAAGAGAGAGAAGAGGAGCAGCGGCUCAUGUUGGAGAAGCAGAGACGCUUGGAGGAAGUGCUGAGUCAGAAGAGAGAGAUGGAGGCCAAAGCACAAUCUGAGUCCAUCACAGACCAGGAGAUGGUGGAUGACAUGUUUGACUUCCUCACCUUCAUGCCCAACACUGUGGGAGGGCAGGAGGGGCAAGCACCUGUGGGAUAUGAGAAUUUUGGUGGGAAAAGGAUAAUUGAAGAGAUAGACAUCGAUGAAAUUCCCAUGGAGGAUGAUCUUCCCAAAGAAGACUACGAUGACCUGGAUGAGUACUCCUUCAACAAGUUUGCCUCCAUGUACUUCCAGGGUGCGGCCACCCCCACCUACAUCCGACAGCGGCUUCGUCAGCCCCUGCUCUACCACGAGGAUGAGGAUGAUGUUCUGGCUUCGCUGACAGUGUGGUGGAUCAUCCUGAGGUUCAUGGGAGACCUCCCUGAGCCAAAGAAACACGCCCAGGUCGGGAGACCCUCCACACAGGAACGCUUUAUGCCACAGGAGCUGAUUUCCAGAAAGGACAGACGUCUCAGCAACAUGGUGGGCCUGGAUCAGAGGUUGCUGAGGAGUAAAAAAGAAGCACAGCCUUCUACAGUCCCUGAGCCGGCAGCACAAAACAAAAGGGGCUCCAUCUUCGCAGACAUCCUCACGAGAACCAGGAAGGCUUCUGCUGCGCCCGGCCAGACAGCUCAAAGCCCGAAGGUGUACACCGUACCGGAAGGCAACCCUCGAGGAAGGAAGGGCUCCACAUUCACUGACCUGCUGUCCAAGAACAGGAAAGUUUCAAAUGUACAAGAAAAUGGAAUUCCCAGAUCCAACGCAAACGUCAGGAAGCCCUCCAUCAUCAUGGAGGAGUCAGAGGAGCUGGCCGAAGUUUCCAAGCCGACCACUCUGCAGACUGUGAAGGAGGACCCUGAAGUGUUGACCGGAGAGUUGGACACGCUGGACAGGCCCCUGUCCUCUCUGGAAAAACUCCACUACAUCGUGGGAUAUGCCAUCGUCAGGCCCGACCUCAGGGACGAGAUUUACUGUCAGAUCUGCAAACAGCUUCAGGACAACAACAAUCGUACAAGCUACUUCCGAGGCUGGAUCCUGCUGUCGCUCUGUUUGGGCGUUUUUCCUCCCAGUGAGCGCUUCAUCAGGUACCUCCAAAGUUUCAUGCGAUUCGCUCCAAGUGGCUACGCGUCCUACUGCGCUGAGAGGCUGCGGCGCACCGUGGCGAAUGGCAUGCGAGAGGAGCCUCCCUCCUAUCUGGAGCUGCAGGCAACCAAGACAAAAAAGCCCAUAAUUGUGACGGUGAUGCUGAUGGAUAACCGCUCCAUUAAUGUCCCCAUUGACUCAGCAUCGACAUCUAAAGAGAUCUGCCAGCUCAUCUCCAACAAGAUCAAACUCAAGGACACCUUCGGCUUUUCUAUCUAUGUGGCCCUGUACGAAAAGGCGUGGGCUCUGGGCAGCGGCCGGGAACACAUGAUGGACGCCAUCUCCAGGUGUGAGCAGGACACAAAGAGGAAAGGAGGCCAGGAGCAGCACGCUCCCUGGCGUCUCAUCUUCCGGAAAGAGGUCUUCACCCCCUGGCACGACUGCAGAGAUGACAAGCUCAGCACAGACCUCAUCUACCAGCAGGUCAUCCAUGGUCUGAAGUUUGGAGAGUACCAGUGCCAAAAGGAGGACGACUAUGUCGACAUCACUGCAAAACAUUUGUACAUCCAGCACGGCUCAGACAGCCGUCCAGAAAACGUGAAGGAAGCCGUGCAGGACUGCAUCAGUAACUCUUUGCUGGAGGCCAAAUCAGAGGCUAAAUGGGUGCAGAUGGUCAGCACCGCUCACGCUCAGGGCUCGUAUCAAGGUUCAAAGCAAAAGGAGGGUUCGCUGAAGGCGGAGAUGGUCGACUACGCCCGAGAGAAGUGGCCCAUGUUCUUCUCCAGAUUCUUUGAGGUUGCCAAGCUGUCAGGUCCUCCACUGCCAAAGAGCAAGUUUAUCGUGGCCAUAAACUGGACUGGAAUCACGUUCCUGGAUGAGCGAGAGAAGAGGCUGGUGGAACUCUCCUUCCCAGAAGUCACUGGUGUCAACACCAUAAGGGGCGGUAAAAGAUCUGGCCAGGCUGUGUGUCUGCUGACGCUGAAAGGAGACUUCACCCUGAGCGGCUCCACGGCCGAGGACAUGGCCGAGCUGAUCACCAUGUUCCUCAGCGGGCUGACGGAGCGCUCGCAGUACGCCGUGGCCCUGAAGGAGGUCGAGAAGAAAGAUGAUCCCAUGUUCCUCAGCUUCAAGAAAGGAGAGCUCAUUAUAAUCAUCAAAGACAAUGAGUUCUCUCAGCAGAGCGGUUGGAUCAAGGGCCAAAACGAUCGCACGAAACAAACAGGAGCCGUCCCCAUCGAUGCCAUCUUAAUCCUGCCGACGCUCAGCAAACCCACCAACGAGGUCAUGAGCCUCAUCAACCUGUCACCAAACCAGAGGAAGGACAUCAUCGAGACCACCAUGAAGGAAACGGGCACAGUGGGCAGAGUGGCUCUUUACUCGCUCAAAGAUUUCUCUCUCGAGUAUUUCAGGCAGCCCACUAAGGAUGUGAACCGUCAGGUGAUUUCUAGGAACGCUGCUCCUGAAAGGUUGUGGGUCAACUCCAGAGAGCCAAUCAGACAGCCGCUCCUCAAGAAGCUGGUGGGCCACUCGGAGUUCAGCCACAAAGCCUGUCUGGCCUUCACUGCCAUCCUGAAGUAUAUGGGCGACUACCCCACCAAGCAGCAGCAGAAUCCCCUCGAACUCACAAACCAAAUCUUUGGUCCCGCCACCGAACACGAGGCGCUGAGGGAUGAGACCUACUGCCAGAUCAUGAAGCAGAUGACCAGCAAUAAUAACCGGUUCAGCAUGGAGCGGGGCUGGCAGCUGCUGUGGCUCUGCUGCGGCCUGUUUCCUCCCAGCCAGCCUCUCCUGAAGCACGCUCAGCGAUUUCUGGAGUCGCGGCGCAGAGAGCCCCUGGCCUCCGACUGUCUGCAGCGCCUGCAGAGCUCUCUGAGGAUGGAGCCCAGGAAGCUCCCACCUCACCAGGUGGAGUUAGAUGCCAUCCAACAAAACAGCACCCAGAUCUGCCACAAAAUCCACUUCCCCAAUGACACAGACGAGGUUUUUGAGGUGGCCACCAACACCAGGAUCAGGGACCUCAUUCAGAACAUUUCCAGGAAGCUCGAACUGUCUUCAGCAGACGGCUUCAGCAUUUUUGUCAAAACAAAUGACAAGUUUCUCAGCUUGAAUGACGCAGACUACUUCUUUGAUAGUCUGAGGUCAAUUACUGACUGGUCCAAGAGCGUCAAGAGGAUAAAUGAUGUUGGGCCGGCCAACAUAGCCUACACUGUGUUCUUCAUGAGGAAGUUGUGGUUCAAUGUAAACCCUGGCAGAGACAUAAAGGCUGACCUUAUCUUCCAUUUCCCUCAGGAGUUACCCAAGUACCUGAGAGGCUAUCAUGCUUGCACCAAAGAGGAAAUGCUCAACAUCGCGGCUAUUCUCUUCAGGAUUAAGGUCAACAAUGAUAAGAGCCAGUUAGUCAUGAUUCCCAAGCUUCUGAAGGAACUGGUGCCCACGGAGCAGCUGAAGGCCAUGUCUGAAAAUGAGUGGAAGAAGAAUAUUACUGCCUCAUAUAAUAAGCAAACCGGGAUGACAGCUGAUGAAGCUAAGGUGGCGUUUCUGAAGGCGGUUCACCGUUGGCCGACGUUCGGCUGUACUUUCUUUGAUGUGAAGCAAACAUCAGAGCCAAAAUUUCCUGAUAUUGUGCGAAUUGCCAUCAGCAAGCAAGGACUCACAAUCAUCCAUCCUAAAACUAAGGAAUCUCUGGCAACUCACCCAUUCAACCGCAUUGCAAACUGGUCCAGUGGCAGCACCUACUUUCACAUGACGAUUGGUAAUCUAGUCAAUGGCAGCAAGUUCCUGUGUGAAACUUCACUGGGCUACAAGAUGGAUGAUCUUAUAACCUCCUACGUCAACAUGUACCUCAGAGAGAGGAAGGCCGUGCAAACCAGGAGCCGCCGCUUUGACCUCUAAAGCCAGCAGCACGAGCAGAGGGUCUGUUGCUGCAGGCUGAACAUGCAGCAGUUCUGUUUUUGGAUCGGAAAUCAGAUUUUUUUGUGCUUUCUUUAAAAAACAUUGAAUUAUUGCAUGAAACUAAGCAGCUGCAGAAAGUCUGAAGUUAUUGGCCUCUUUGGACUUUUUAAUGAUUGACGAUUCAUGAACAUGUCUUUGUAUUCAGAACCAAAAUAACCAUGAAGCAAUAUUAUAAAUGAAUGAACCCGGAGUAAAAGUCAAAAAGUUUAAUAAGAUUUGUUCUGCUUGUGUAAGUGUGAGUUUCAGUACAUUUGUGUGUUGAGUUUUUGGUCUACAGACAUCUGAGUCCAUUUCAGGUCCACUGCACUGUAUUCCUGAGGAAAGCCUGGAUAUUUUAUCUGUCGCUGCUCACCAAACUUCCACAGAUGUCAUCUAUGUGCACAGGACGUAUUGUUUUGGAUGUGUGUUCAAGUUUGUGUUUUAAAAAGUGAACCUGUGAACAGACAUGAAGUUACCCGACUUCAAAACAUUAAAGCGUUUCUUGUAAGCAAAUUUA